UUCUAUAAAAAAUAUUUUUACUGUUUUUAGGUUAGAGUUAAAAUAACUCAUGAUGUGCAAAUUCUGCAUAUCCAUAAAUUCACUUGUUAAAUUAGUUUGUUUUAUAAAAUUUCGUUAUAACUCAUGAGUUAGAGUUAAAAUCACUAGUAAAAAAUCGGGUUUUUACAGCGCACAUUAUGCCGCGGUUCAACGAAAACCGCAGCAUAAUGAUGCGCGGUGGCAGUUUUGUAAAUAAAACGAACAUAUAUGCCGCGGUUCUACGGGGAACCGCGGCAUAUACCCCAGUCAACCAUUGCCUUUGACGCCACGUAUGAAUAAAAAAUUAAAUAACAGGGUAUAUGCCGCGGUUCUCUGCACAACCGCGGCAUAUACCCUGCCCAUUUAUUGCAGGUGCUGACUGGGUCAGAGAAUUUGAAAAGUUACAGGGGGUAUAUGCCGCGGUUCUCUCAUUGCACAUUGCACAGGCCUCCUCCCACACAACUCAGACAAGCAAUUGAUUGUUCUAUUCCAGCAAGUAUGAUGAUGGACGGGAGAUCAAUUGUUAAGAGUAGAAAGAUUGCUUGGAUUUCUCUCAAGUGUAACAGACAAAAUGGGUCAUAUGAGUGUGGAUACUAUGUAAUGUAUUGGAUGACCCAUAUUGUUCGUUCUCACAUCACAAGAAGCUGGGAAACGAGAUUCAAGACUACUACACCAGUUCCUGAGAAGUCACUACUAUUCAUUAGGAACGCUGCUGCGAAGUAUAUAGUUAGAUUAUACAAUAGCUCUUAGAUUUAGAUUUAAACAAUGCAUUUGAUUAGAUAGAAUUUUCUUAGACUCUCUACUUUAUUUGAUGUUGAAAUACAUUUGAACAUGUGUUUGUUAUGUUGAAAUUGAAUUUCUGUAAAUGUUUUUAUAUGCAGGUCUGUUUUUGUGGUAGUGGAUAUCACAAAAACAGACCUGCUAUUUUAAAAAACUGCAGGGGAAUAUGCCGCGGUUCUAACCACAACCGCGGCAUAUAAGGGGAAUAUGCCGCGGUUCUAACCACAACCGCGGCAUAUAGUGCUUUUUUUUUUUUUAAAAUGAGACAUAUGGCCGCGGUUUUGACACUAACCGCGGCAUACUCGUCGGCCUAUAUGCCGCGGUUGAACCGCGGCAUAUAGUGCAUUUUUUAAUUUUUUUUUUAAUUUUUUUUUUUUAAAAAAAUGAAUUUAGGCCGCGGUUCCCUAGACAACCGCGGCAUAUUCCUCAGCCUAUAUACCGCGGUUAGAACCGCGGCAUAAAGUGUCUGACUUACUAUCGCGGCUGAAUAUGCCGCGGUUCAUGAACCGCGACGUAUAGUGAAAAUCAACCGCGGUAAAAGCCCCUCGCUGCACUAGUGAAUAACUCACAUCAUCAAAAGAAUUGUUUAUUAAAAAAGUUUAUAAAGUUAAAUAUUCAUAAAAUUCAUUGAAUUGGAGCUAGUUCAUACGCUUUUUGACUAUUUUAUUUAUAAUAAUAUAUUUUUAACAAUAAUUAAAUUUUUAUUAUUAUGUUAAUAUAUUGGUUUAAUUAAUGUUAUAACUUAAUUAUAUUCAUUAGUCAUACGUUUCUUAAAUUAAAUUAUACAAAUGUAUUAUAUCUAGUUUUUUA